AUGGGCCGAGCUCCCAUCACACGCAGUGGCCCCUGGAGCACCCCGCUGACGGUGACGGGCCGGCCAGGCAGCCGCUUCCCAGGCCCAGCCGCCUCCGGAACGGACGCCCCUGGCAACCGUGUGCGAGUGAUCCGGGUACGAAUCGCACGUUCGGCGGCUAGGUUUCGGUUUCUAAUCCCAGGUGCAGCCCAGGCGGAGACACAGGGGGAUACAGCCCCUGGCGUGGAGCCGCAGGACGCGCCAGUCACCCCUCCUUCACCAAACAAGAAACGCCAGUCAGAGGAUAAGAAGCAGAAGCAGCGGCAGCAGCCGAAGCAACAAACGCGAAAUAAGCAGCAGCAGAAGCAAGGGCUGGCUUCAGCGUCAACCUCCAAGAGUCUCACCGCUGCACCAGCUUCUGUGUACGUGUAUUGGGAUCUGGAUAACAAGUACCCGGAGACUUUGGAUCACCGGGGCCUAGUGGACAGAUUGAGGCGAAUGCUAAAACCGUUCGGCAAGGUGGCGGCUAUCUGGGCAUAUGCCAACUACCAGACGUUGAACUUCGUGCCGGAUAUUUGGGAGGAGGCCAUGAUCGAGGGCAUGGAGCACCCGCUGCUGGAGUCGGUCCCCAGCGAGAUUCGCUGUCCCGUGUGUAACGGCAAAUUCCGAGACGAGGAAAAACUCCGGAAUCACUUCAAGCAGCUGCACCAGCGUGAACACAACAAGCGACUGGCCCACAAGCCCGCAGCAAAGAAGUACCUCAAGUCGGAGAAAUCUGCAAGGCGAGUGGUAGCGUGCAAACAGGUGGCUCGUGUGUACGAGCGUUACGACGGCUGGGGUACUCGGGCUUACGGCGGACGAAGGGUGGGAUGGUACGAGUCGGCUGCUGUUGACGUGCUCCGCAAGAAGCGUGGGUACGACUUGCAGGGCAUCCUAAAGAGUGUUGGAGUGCAGGUCAGGCCCGUGCCCAUGGGCAAGCAGAAGGCGGAUGUGGUGUUGCAGAAAGACGCUACCGACAUGCUGCUGAAGCUGCAGCAGAAACAGCAGCAGAAGGUUGAGGCGGUGAUGGAGAAAGAGGUGGAGAAGAAAACGGAGGAGGAGAAGCAGGGGGAUCACACCGUCCCAACGGCAACGGCCACCGCGUCUUCCACCUCCACCUCCACCUCCUCCGACGGGACUGCCAACGCCUCCAACACGCCCGCCUCCGAAACCACGUCCAGAUCCCUCCCGGCCUCCAAGCCCCCCUCCACCUCCCCCGUGCUAGUCCUGGUGUCUGAUGAUCACGAUUUCGAGGCCCUGCUCAAGAUGUUCGUGGCAGCUGGAUGGAAAACCGUCACCGUGUCGAACUCCGAGUUCCAAAACGCGCAAGCCAGGCUGGAUUGGGGCCGUUUGUGCAGCCGGGUUAGCGUCGACGAACUGGGGCAGUCCAGCUCCCGAAGGCCAACCGUCCGCCGAACCUCCAAACCAAUCAUCCAGGCAGCCGCCAUUGUAGCCUGUUGCCGCCGGCACGGCUGCCGUAAAUACCUUACUGCCGCUGCGUGCAUCCCCACGACGCCGCUGCCGGAUGCGUCCAGACUCAGAUCUCAGCUGUGCCAGUACCAAUUCGGUCUCCACAUUCCCGUCUUCUGCUUACACAAAUGCACACGUUAACACACGCACACACACACACACGCGCGCGCGGGUGCAUGUUCUAAUCAGCAUGCCGGCCUGAAUUAA